AUGUUCCCGUCGUCCACUUCUGGAACAGCAGGAACAGGAGGCCACUGCAAGGUGCAGGGCGCUGAAGGGAUUGGCCGUGCGGCGGUGCAUGAGUACCUGAAUGGACCGCCAUCUGUGGCUGACAGACUGAUCUCUGGCGUGCCAGUGGCUGAUAUAGCCGCUCUCGUCAAGGCUCGGGAGGCAGCCACACAGGACAUGCUUGCUGCCUGGCAGGGAAAGUGGGACAAGGCCUCCCGUGUGGAUGUGAACCAGUAA